AUGUAUCAGCCGGGAAACUUGGAGCUGCUUGACCUCCCCGCAGAGCUGCUCCAGCUGAUUCUGCUGCAUUGCUCGACUCCAAGCUUUCUUCAACUAUCACGAACGUGCCGCACAAUCUACGACCUCGCUUCGUCGUGUCGCGAGGUAGUCUUUACCCACCUGAGGAAAACCCCCGGCCUCCAAACAUCCCUCGACUCCCUGUCGACCGAGGAAUUGUUUCUCAUCCUCAAAGCAAGAACCGCAGAGCACCUGUACGGCGCCAACUUCCACUCCGACCUGACCAAUUAUAUCUUCAAGACCGGCAUCAUCGACAACUGCGCCUCUGCGCUGCGUGAGGGCAAAGAUCCCAAUGCUGCGCUAGUCGAAAAGGGCGGGAGUCGCGUGCUGCUGUACCACAUCCAGUCUGGAGAGGCCAAGCUACGGAACAUCCUCGAGGCGCCCUACGAACGCCCUGGACGCGUGAAGAUCGUCAAAGCGGUCUUUUGCAGAGACGGAUCUGUCGCGGUACUGCAGAAAUAUGAACCGAUCCAGCUGCCCGGCGAGGCCGAAACGGAACGCGUGCACCCGUUCGUGGAAGAGGCGACUAGGCCGUUCAAGACCGCUGGUUAUCAUUUGAUCAUUUAUCACCACGCGUCGGAGCCGGCGAAAGUGCCACGAGUUACGUUCGCGGCGUUUAGGGAUGUGCAAGGCUAUCACCCAACUGCCGUGGAUGUUUGGGAUUUAUCAACGGUUGCGAUAGCGUGGGAACAUGACAUCGUCUAUGCUGAUAGGAUGAUCCUUUUACAUACUAUACCAGUUCACGGCGAUGUUACAGAAGACCCUGCGAAUAUCUUUUUAACUUAUCAAUCAACACGGCUCACGUCGGAAUCCGAGCUUGGGGUUAUUCCAUCUAUUGUUCGGAUCGAUCUGAAUGAUCACGCAAGCCAGGUUCUUUAUUAUCAGUCAUCGACCACGUUAUACAACAGAUAUGUGAAUUUGCCUGCUCCAAACUCUACAAGCCCGGAAUCACUCCACUGGACACGCAAUGUUUGUAAUGCCAGCUUCAAUCAAAGAUUCAUCCCAUUCUCGAUUGGUGUCCCGUUUUAUUGCACCCACGAGACGCGGCCACAGAACAACCGUGACUACUGCCACUGGAAAUACCUUGCUCUCGGCAUCGGAACCCAUCCCGUGGAGAAAAGGGACGGUUGCGUGCUUGCUCCGCUCCGAAGCCAUCUGCCCGCGCUAAUCGCUGUGGGCACGUUCCAAACCUCGACCGGGGCAGACGUUUCAACCGGUGGCCCGUCGUCGCUCGCCUAUGGGGCUAUCAGAAGCGCAACGACUCCCUUUCCGGAGUCGUCGCCACAUCUCCCAGAGGGAAGCGUAUCGCAAUCGCAAACUGGAAUGUGGUCUACAGUCAUCCUCGAGGGCGAUCAGGGCGAUGAGUGGGAGUACUAUCCGCAGCAUAUGAAAUCGGCGGAUGGCGUAGUCGAGUUAAAGCCUGUGAUCCUCCAGCCUGGGGCGGUGUGUUUUAGUCUGCAAUUUUCGCGGUCUGAGGAUGAGCUGAUUGCACUGACGGAUAAGGGGUUGAUGAAAUGGGAUCUUGGACCGGCUGGGAGGGGAUUCAAGGUAAAGAAGUUGCUGGACAUGGAAGAUAAGGUUGAAGCGGUCAGGACAAAGUACAGUAUACUGGUUGGAUUCUUUUUGAGCUGUCUUUUUAGCAUCGUUACGGUUACCAUGGAAACACUGCUCUUCCCAAACAUGCCGGCCGCAUCAUGUCUAUCCAUGGGCGAAUACCCGGAGAACUCCGGCGGGAGUCCCCUUUUAAAACCACUGGGCUGCCUUGGAAAACUUUUCACCUUCUGGCUCGGAGUCUUUGCUGCCAUAUUUUCCUUCAUACCCUCAGCUCUUUGGGCCCUUGCUACGAUGGAAUCCCAUGCCAAUGAUCUGCAGCCGCAGAUUCUCCUACAAUCAAAAGACCAUGGCGAAUUACUCAACGUGAUUGACCUGCUUCGAUCUCAAGGAGUCAGUCGUUACGUUCAUCUACCUCAACUCAUCGUUUGCGGUGACCAGUCGUCGGGGAAGAGCUCCGUUUUGGAAGCUGUCUCUGGAAUCAGAUUCCCUGCCAAGGAGAAUCUCUGCACGCAAUUCGCAACUGAACUUAUCUUACGCCGAGCAGCUGAAGAAAAGGUGACUGUGGAAAUCAUACCUGGGGCAGAGAGGUCGGAGGAGGAGAAGAAAAAGUUGGCGGCAUUCAGUGCACCUAUUGCACACACUGAAGAUGUCCCUUCGAUUAUCGAGGCUGCAAAGAAAGUGAUGGGCCUUGAUACCGACAUGAAAUCUAUCAGCGAUGAUAUUCUUCGAGUGGAAAUCUGCGGACCCCGUCAAUCACAUCUAACUCUUGUUGACUUGCCAGGAGUCGUUCACUCCGAGACACGCCAGCAUUCGACACUCGACGUCGCGAUGAUAUCGUCGCUUGUGAACUCAUACAUGGCCAACCGUCGCAGCAUCAUACUUGCCGUGGUCUCUGCGAGUAAUGACCUAGCCGUUCAGGUUGUGACCAAACUUGCACGAAAUCAUGACCUGGGAGGACGACGGACACUGGGAAUUAUCACAAAGCCGGAUAUGCUUCCUGAGGGCUCAGAUAACGAACGUGAUUUUGUCGCUCUGGCCAGGAACGAAAACGUAGUGUUCCGGCUUGGCUGGCAUGUGCUGCGGAACCGUGACUAUAAGACAAAAGGAUACAGCGCUCAGGAACGGAAUGAGCUGGAGAAACAAUUUUUCUCUCAAGGGGUGUGGACUGCCCUUCCAUCGUCGAUCUUGGGUAUCGAAGCUUUGAAACCUCGUUUGAGCGCGGUGCUACGGGAUCAGAUUAUCUCUGAGUUGCCGAAUUUGACAAAGGAUGUGAGCGAUGGCAUUGCAGGCUGCGAACGAACCCUGGCUAAACUGGGGGAACCGCGGUCGACUAGCCAGGAACAGCGACUGCAUCUGGCUCGCGUCAGCCAGACGUUUACUUCUCUGAUCCAGGCUGCUAUCGACGGGGUUUAUAGUCAUGAUUUCUUCGGCGAUGCACGCUCCGUAGGAGACUCCAGCCGUCGCCUACGUGCCGUUGUACGCAAUACCUUGACUGAUUUCUCAUCUGAAAUGCGACAAAGGGGACAGAAAACGACCAUUGUGGAGGAUGGCGUCCAGCCAGAGCCGUUCGCUCUUCCGCCGCAGAUCACGAGGACCGAUUUUAUCAAGGAAGUAUGCGAACUGAUGAAGCAAAAUAGGGCAAGGGAGUUGCCCGGCACUUUUAACCCUCUCGUUAUUGGUGACCUAUUCUUUGAGCAUGCGAGUCGCUGGGACCAGAUCGUGCAGAACUAUGCCGAGAAGAUAUUAAAAGCGACCAGGGAAUUCUUGAAGGUAGCACUAGCGUACUGCUCGGAUGACGCAACGCAACAGGCUCUCAUGGUUGAAAUAAUCGGGCCAGCCAUGGAAAAAUGUGCGAACCGGCUGAAUGAUAAAAUUGCGGAGAUUCUUUGGCCAUAUACGAAAAGCCACCCGAUCACCUAUAACCACUAUUUCAUAGAGAAUCUCCAAAAGAUUCGCCAAGCACAAACCCAUAGCGUCUUAGCCGAUAAACUACGCAGCAUAUUUGGGAGCGGUGGGUUCAUAACCGGAUCGCACAACGUUGAAGACCUCAUCUCGAGCCUGAACAGGGUGACAGAAUAUGACAUGGAUCGUUAUGCGGCCUCAGAAGCGGUACACUGCAUGGAGGCGUACUAUAAGGUAGCGAUGAAAGUUCUCGUGGACAACUUUGCCGUUUUGGCAAUUGAGCGAUGCGUCCUUGCAGAGCUGCCUAGGAUAUUUACCCCUGAAGUUGCCCUAACUCUUGACGAUAAAGCCCUGGAAACCAUUGCGGCAGAAACGGAAGAAUCAAAGAUUGAGCGAAGGCGUAAUUUAGAAAAGCUGGAACGUCUUAGGUCUGGAUUGCAGAUUCUCACGCGUUUGGCGUUCCAUAGAGAUCCAGGUUUGUGGAUAACUGGCUCGUCUUCUUUUAAACAGAUAUAA